UGUGCGAUUCGUUAUUGCCAGCGCGGAAGAAUUUCGCAUCCGAGGUUUUGAUUUGGAAUUUAGGUUUGGAUUUGAGAGCGAGUGUCAUAAAAUAAUUAUUAAACAAAUUCAGUGCGGAUAUGAAUGAAAUGCCAAACUAAGGCACUUGGAAAAGUUUUCCAUCCAAAUUGUUAUUGUUUACCGAAGCUGACAAGUGUCAAUUGAAUUAGCGCCUCCGCAGACAAAAAAAAAGAGAGAAUUUCAAGGCGCAACAGGUGAUUGGCGAAUGUUGGAAGUGAUUGUUGUAUCUGUGGGAACUGUCCCGAACUGGGUGAAUUCAGCGUAUGGAGAGGAAUCCAAUGGAAACCCAUCAAAGCAGCCUCCUCCAAAAUUGACCAUGAGCGAGAAACAAUAAAGUCGUAUCACCGGCAAGAGUCGAUUAUCGAUCCUCCCUGUGUUUCAGCCAAAUAAAACUGCAUCAUGUGACGACUACAACCAGCCACAACACAACAACAAUACAAAAAAAAAUUACUAACAGAAAAAAUUAUUAACACUGAGACCGAAGCAGCCGCAAAAGGGACCCUUAGCUGAGAAGCAGCAGAGGGACAUGGCGAAUACGCAAUGCUCAACAUGUGUAACUGCUCUCGAUGCUCCAGCUACGACGACCUCGUGUCAAUUACGAAGCUUUCAAUUUAAUUGAAACUCACUGUCCGUUACCUUCCACACAGUCAAUUACAAAUACAAAGCUUGAGAAAAUGUCGGAGUUCAGAUACCUAUCCAUUACAGAUCUAUCCUUUAAUCUGCCAAUAGCACCGCUCCGUUCCGCCACCAAGACAGAGGAGCAAGGUCUAUCAGACAACCCCACCACCGAUCUGAAUAUUCCCUACACCGUUUUUGAGAUCCUUGUGGCCAUCGUCAGCAUCAUUGGCAAUGUCCUGGUCAUCAUUGUGUUCCGCCGUGAGCGAAAACUGCGACGCAGGACUAACUACUACAUCGUCUCCCUGGCCAUGGCCGACUUCCUAGUGGGGAGUUUGGGGGUGCCGUUUGCCAUUCUGGCCUCCAUCGGACUACCACACAACCUGCACGCCUGCCUUUUCACCGUCUCGCUGCUCGUGGUUCUCUGCACAAUCUCUAUAUUCUGCCUGGUGGCCGUUUCCGUGGAUCGCUACUGGGCCAUCCUUUAUCCGAUGGCAUACUCACGAAACGUUCGCACUCGGACGGCAAUUAUCAUCAUAUCAAUGUGCUGGGUGGCCGGAACGAUAGUAGGGUUCCUGCCGCUCUUCGGUUGGCAUGCGGAUGUGGCCCACAAUCAGGAGUGCCUAUUUGUGGAGGUAAUGGACUACGACUACCUUGUCUUUCUGUACUUUGCCACGAUUAUCACACCGGCGCUGCUGAUGCUGGCCUUCUACACGCACAUCUAUCGCGUCAUCAUCAAGCAGGUGCGCCAGAUCGUCACAAUGAAUCCCUCCUCGGAACUCAGCCGGCGGUCCUCUACAGCACCCAUGCAGGUGAUGCCAGGAAGGGGUGGUGCUCAUGCGGGUACAAUGCUAAGAGUGCUGGGAGCGGCCCGAAAGCGGGACGUGAAAGCUACGCAAAAUCUUUCCAUUAUUGUGCUGUUUUUUAUGAUCUGCUGGAUACCGCUUUACACGAUCAACUGCAUCAAGGCCUUCUGCCCGGACUGCUAUGUCCAUCCCAAGCUGACGCUUUUUUGCAUUAUCCUCUCACAUUUGAAUUCUGCCGUAAACCCGGUUCUCUACGCCUACCACCUCAAAGACUUCCGGGCCGCACUCAAGAACCUGCUGCUCAAGAUGAUGGGCGUUGACAUCGAUCAGCAGGCGGAGGCCACCCACCGUUUUUCCUUGGCCAGCCAGCACCGCCUCCAGUCGAUGGACUCAAAUAUGCGCUCCACGCAGCCGCGCCUCUAUGUGGGUGAGUACUCACCAAUCUGGCUGCGGCAACAGCAGGAGGCGCUCAAAAGCUCCCAGCUACUUCCCAAAUGCGGUAUGGUCUCGCCCUGCUUCAACAACAUCAACCAGACGGUGGCCGCCGUCGCCUCCGUUACUACUGAGAUGGAGCGCGAGAUGUGGAACAUCAUGGAGGCAUCCAGCGGUGCUGAACUGGGCGAGAUAAGCUUUGAGUUUCCGCUCCCCGCGGGACUGGGUCCCAAGGGAGAAAGUGAUCACGACAGCAAUAUCUCUAUCCGCCCACGCACCUUACCUGAUAAGAAAGCGCCUCCACAACCCGUUAACCAUGGGAUGCAUCUUCGCUGUGACAGUGUCUACUCAUACGACAACCACAACUACUCCUCCAGUCAGGAAGAAGAUGUCGAAGUUCUGGACCACGGAGAAUGUGAAGAUUUAGAUUUCGAAGAUGUCUUUGAUCCUGGCACUCUUACUCAGACUGGUGUGAACCCCGCAGAGCUUCGUAGAUCAUUGGCCCUUGUAAUGCGCGAGAAACUUCGAUCCGACGAUACAGACCUCCAGAACCAACCAAGCAAUAUCCACGAGCUGCAGUACGAUCUAGACCUAUCCCUGCAGCAGGAGCGGACCAAAGCCAGGCCAUGCUCCACGCAGACCUCGCCUACCAAUGGUCCGCUUCCAGCUCUUCUGCGGGCAAAACUCUAUUCCGGUAACUCAAACAGCGCCCACUGCAUCACCGGACCGUCGUCCAAGGAAGCAACCAGCCUCACCACUGGCGUCUAUGUCAUAGAUAGCGAGGCGAGUCCAGACUCAACGGGCCAUAAGCCAAAGUACCGCAAAGGAACCGCCCUAACCAGGAACUCGCUCAAGAAAAGCCGAUCCUGCACUUGCAGCAUCAAGGGGCGUGAUCAUGGCGAUUCUCAUGAACAGGUAGUCCCUUCGCAAAAUGGCAACAACAGCGAUCCCCAAGAACCGCCUCCAAAUCACCACCAGGAGAGCUUCUUCAGCCCUCUGAGAUCGGUGGGCAGCUUCAUGCAGCAUUCCAAUCCGUUUCAUUUCUUUCAACCGCAUGCCACAAGGGCCACCUCAACUUCGACGGAUUCACCUGUGUCGUCAACACUCACACCUACACUCACACACGCACCCAUGCCAGCACACAACCUGGCUAUCGAAGGCACAGCCUCUGCAUCAACACCGUCCCUGGCCACUGCUAGUUCAGAGAGCUGACCAGUAGACGAGAGCAACGACUCCACCCAGAGCAGUCCCUAGGCAAAUACUCGCCAGUCAAGGCUUAUAUUUUAAGUACUUGAUGGUUUUAAUUAGUUCCCUUUCGCAUUAGGAAGACCUUAACAGCAUUGGGAUUUGUGUUUAGUCGGAUCCAGAUACAGCGGCAGUUGAAUUCUUAGGAAGUUACGCGCAUUUAUUUUGUUUACCAAUUAAUGUAUGGAACUGCUAUUUCUGUAAAUAAUGUUAAAUUCUGUUGAAAUAUUUAUGUGUGCAGUCGAUGACUGCAUAAAUUUGUGCAAUCUUACUGUUUGGUCCUAUUUGUAUAUGUAUGUAAGUAUGUAUGUAUGCAUGUGUACGGUGUAUAGUGGGUGUAAUUAUUUGUUUGUGAACGUCUGUAAAACUAAGCCAUGAAGCUAAUCAGAAUUAUUUUUAAGUUUGAAGAUAAAUAAAUCAUAUAAUCGAUUUUAGAAGCUUAACGCCAAAUUUCAAUAAGGUUCUGUGAUAUUUUAAAAUGCU